UCCGGAUCUCCUUUGCCUUUCUUCUAGCCCCAGCCGCUUCCUCCCAGAGAAACCAUGAGCAAGCGGAACCAGGUAUCAUACGUGCGUCCGGCGGAGCCGGCGUUCUUGGCCCGCUUCAAGCAGAAGGUGGGCUAUAAGGAAGGGCCUACUGUAGAAACCAAGAAAAUUCAGCCUCAGAUCCCCGAGGGGGAUAGUGACCAGAGUGACAAUGAAGAUGAGCAGCCACAAGUUGUGGUGCUGAAAAAAGGCGAUUUAUCGGCAGAAGAAGUCAUGCAAAUUAAGCAGCAGAUAAAAUCUUCCAAGCAAGAUGAAGAACCAGCUCCAUCUGAUGGAAAAAUUAUGUUCAGAAAACCAGCCAAGCGAUCCUCUGAUGAGAAGUAUAUGGGUUUGACAGCAAACUCCAGAAAGAAGAAAAAAGAUGAAGAAAAGAAAAAGGAGGACUUGGUUCCAAAAAAUGUUCAAAAACAAAUAAAAAAUAGUAGCCUGCUUUCUUUUGAUGAUGCAGAGGAAGAAGAUUAAUAUUUGUACAUAUUUUGAACGUUUGUAUUUUCUCUUUUGCAGCCAUUUGGGAAUGUUUCUUAAGCAUUUUAUUUUGGCCUCUUCAUUUUUUUAAAGAAUGGCAUAUGUUAGUUAUGUGGAGUAUGUUUGAACUCUGUUUAAUGUAAUUGAAAUAUUUCAACAAAAAUAAUAGCAGUUAUUAGAUCUAGGAACACAUGAUGUGUGUCUGUACCUGACACCACUCUUCUUGCUUUUGUAAGAUCUCUAACAUAAAACUCAUGACCAUUUAGGUAAAAGACAGUAAGUAUAUAUAUUCAUUUAAGAUUAUUAAUUAGAGCUAGAGACAAGGAACUUAUGUUAUUUGCUAAAUGACCUUGAGGAACCUUGAGGAACUUGCCUUGUUUUCUCCAUCUAUAAAUGCAUUGAUUUAUUUUAACACCUUGAAUCUCUCCAAAUGAAUAUUAAUACAAAAUACUUUUUUACUUUAGUGCCUGCAACUUCCCUCAAAUGUUAACACAUCUUUUAACUUACGUAAUGUAAGCAUUUAAAGCCUAUGCUUUGUUAAUGUUUUGAGACUUUUUGCCAUUUUUAUUAUAAUCCUCUUUUCAACCUUAGAAAGUUCCACAUAAGUUAGUGAAUGAUUUACUCCUUUAUGGCAUACGUAUUUAAAAAAAAAAAAGAUUUGAGAUUUAGGAUAAUGUGCAUUUCAACAACAACAAAAAAAUUAGGUGCAUUCUCAACCCCCAUAUAACUAUCUAAAAUAAUCUAUUUUGUUCUAAUUAAAACACAACCAAGAAUUUAUGGCAGGUUGGCCCAGACUCUCUUGGUGUACGAAAACAUCCUGAAUCUAUUUUCUUAUUUUACAGCAAAAGAAGUAAAAUUAAUGGAGAAUGUAAAGCUUUGCAAAAGAGCAGAUUAGAAUUUGCCUUGUUGCAGCUGUUUGAGGUUUAACUGUUACUGUUUUAAUGUAGCUCACAAGCAGAAAAUAAAAGCAGAAAAUGUAAAUAAAUAAAACUGAUCCUUAGAUGUGUUUAUACAUGAACCUAAAGCCAAGACAAAAUGGGGAUCCUGAUAUGAUUCUGAUUUUGCCAACCUAAGCCAGUGGUUAAUUCUUUUAAAAUGACUUGCUUCUUUUCUUCUCUACUCCAUCAGCACUGUAGAUAGAUUUUAGAUAGAUUCCAGCAGUGAUUCUCAAACUUUUUAGUGUUCUUUACAUUCUUAAAAAUUAUCGAGGACCUCCAAAGAGCCUUUGUUUGUUUGGGUUAUAACUAAUGAUAUUCAUUGUAUUUGAAAUGAAAACAUCUUAGUAUUGUUAUUAAAAUUGUUUUGACCUCAAGGACCCCCUGAAAGUGUCUGUGGACCAUACUUUGAGAAAUGGUGGUUUACAGUAAUUGGUUAUGGAUGGGAAUGUUCUUUUACUUUGCAAGAAACCUUUUGGCUCUAUGACCAGUCUUCUGCCUAAAAUGUAGCAGAGAGAGAGCUUGGGGAAUAGGCUAAAAGCUGAACAAGAUGGCAGCAAAUUCCUCAAGGCAAGAAAUAAAAAUUUAAUUAAAUUUUAA